UGGCAACGUGCAGCUGAUUGCAGACAGAGAAACAAACGAGGAGCUAGAGUGAAGGAGCAAAUGUUGAGCUGACUUGUAAGUCCGUUGUGAAGAAGUGUGUGUACAAAUUAUAGACUGCACCUAAUUGAUUUUUACACUUAAGUAUGAUAACACUUUUCAGCGGUUUAAAGGGACUUGUGAAACCACGUGCGAUCUGCACUGAUUCAUUUGUUUUCCGACUUCACAGUAAAUGGACUGUAUUGAUUCUUCUGAGUUGUAGCAUUCUUUUGACUUGCCGGCAACAUUUUGGAGAACCCAUUCAUUGCCUGCAGAGAGAUGUGGCCCGCAUCAAAGCCCUUGAAAACUUUUGUUGGAUCCAUGCCACUUUCGUUUUACCCCAUGCGUGGAAUGCCACCGUUGGGGUUCAUGUACCACAUCCAGGGAUUGAUCGUCACUUACCAGGGCAAGCGAGAGUUUACCAUGGAUAUUACCAGUGGGUCGCUUUAGUUUUGAUUUUACAAGGAAUCUUUUUCUAUAUUCCACGAUAUAUAUGGAAGAUGUGGGAGAAAGGCCUGAUCAAAGCUUUUACUCUAAACUUGCAUGACCCUAUGCUACCUGGUGCAGAAUGUAGUAAGAGCUACAAACUACUCGUACACUCUUUGCACAUUCAUUUGGGACAUUUUGAAGCCUAUUUUAAGAAAUACUUCUUCUGUGAAUUUCUAACUUUUCUAAACGUUUUGGGACAAAUGUGGCUUCUGGAUACUUUCCUAGGUGGUGUUUUCUCAACUUUCGGUAUUAAGGUUGUACAAUGGGACCAGUGGGAUCAAGAAUAUCGGAAUGAUCCGUUAGUUAAAGCAUUCCCAAGAAUGACAAAAUGCCAAUUUUACGAUUUUGGAUCCUCGGGAGACAUUCAACGUGUGGAUGCAUUAUGUAUCUUGCCCUUAAAUGUUUUGAAUGAGAAGAUCUUUGUCUGCUUGUGGUUCUGGAUGGUAAUGCUUUUGUGCUUUACAGUGCUUGUCAUCUUUUAUCGACUAUGUUUUGCAGGCAUUCCAAUUGUUCGCUAUUGUGCUCUGGUGACUAGAGCACCUCAAGUGAAUAAAGGAGCUCUUGAAAAACUUUAUAGAGCUUGCCAUGCAAGUGAUUGGUUUGUAUUGUGCUUACUUGCCAAAAAUAUGGACAAUAAACAUUUUAAUUCCAUUGUUGGGAAGUUGGCAGUUGUUAUGGACCAAAAUGGGUAUGUUCCCAAACCUUCUACUUCUAAGGACAAUACAACAUAUGUGUAAUUCAAAACAUUCUGUAGUAUUGAAAGCAUUUAGCUACAUUUUUAAAAUUUGUGUUCAUUGUCAUACAUUUAUGUAAUAUUGUUCCUGUUUUAAUCAUGUAUAAUUGAAAGUGUGUCAAAUUACUGCUUUUAUUUAUGAUAUAUUGGUAAUAAAUGUUACCUUCAUUUUAAAAAUUGUGGUGUCUAUAUGCUCAGAUAGAUAAAAAUAAUUCAUGGACUUGUGAAGUUUGUGUAUAUUUAUUUAUUAAAUGCAGAAAUCCAAUUUCUCAUAAUACUGUUGACUAAGUGUACUUAUUUUUUGAAUUGAAGUGGACUGUUCCCCAAAUUUAAUCUUAAAUUAUUUUGCACUUUUAUAGUAAUUUAGAUUUACACAUAAAAAUUUAAAGAUUUUUUAAAAAUCAAAUUGGGGAUUAAUAAGAAAUAAUAAGUGUGAAAAUUUCUGUAUUUUGUACAAUAUUUUCUGAAGAAACAGUAAUUGUGUAUUUUAGGAUAUAUUUUUUUGAAAAGAACUGCCAUGUUUUAUAAAUCCUAAAAACUAUAUAGUUUUCAGGAAUUUUAAUAUAUUUUUGUAGCUAUUGUCUUAAAUCUAGCAUUUGCAGUUAUCACUGAUUUCAUAUCUUCAUGUUGCCAUUAAGUGUGAAAUAAUGAAAUAUUUAUUGACUAGAUUGAUACAGAAUGUCCUAUUGGAAUACAGUGAAUUUUCAUGUUUUAUUGUAAAUUUUGUUUAUAAACAUUCCCUUGUUAUCUGUUUUCAUUUUUCAAAGUAUUUUACUGGGUGUAAUUUAUAUUUUUUAUAUAUAAUCAACAUCAUUUUAAGCAUUUAAAAAAUUCUCUGUAAAAUAGUAUAUCAUGCAUGAUUAUAGUGAUGCAAGAUGGAUGAAACAUGGGAAAAUGUUAUGCGUAUAUAGUGAUAAUUUAAAUGAUGGAUUCGCAUGGAAUCUUAACAUAUCUUAGAAUUAUCUUUAUAUAUAUAUAUAUGUUUGGAUUUUUCAUGUUUGAAUGUUUUAUUUUUCAUAUUUGUGCAAUGUUUGCUUAUAGUAAGCUGUAUAAUCUAAGCAGUUUAUUUAUUAAGGCAUUUAUAUUUUUUUCUCUCAACCUUUUAUUGUUAUUCAUUGAUUUCAGUUCAGAACCAAAGUUUUUUAAAGAGCUUCUAUUUGGAAAAUAAAAUCUCUGCAGUAUGUGAAGCACGAUAGGAUUUGGUAGAAAUUUUGAAGUUACAGUUGACUGUUUUGUGUUGCUGUAGACGUUAUUGCAAUUGUUUUCAAUUAUAAAUUGUUUUUAACAUAUUAUUGUUGCUUUUUCUGUUUUAAAUAUGAAAAUUUUAAAUUUUGUAAUAUAUUUUGUCAAAAAAACAUUUGAAGAAUUUGGAUUUCAUAUAUAUAAGUUCUGUAAUUAUACUUCUAGAUUGGAUUGAAAAGUGGUUGUAUUUAAACUUUAUUUUAAUCAUCAUAAUUAUCCUAGAAGCGUUUUUUUAUAAUCUGUGUAAAAAUUAUCUUCGGCAUCCCUAUAUGCAACUUGAAAUAUAUGUACAAAUAUAUUUCUAGUUUCACAAAUUUUAAAUUUUGAUCUCCAGUUCGAAAUUCAUAAAAUGUUCUAAAUACCUUACAGUGUCUUCUAUAUCAAUUUUUCAUUUCUAUUGUUUCUAGUCUGUAUACCAUUUAAGUCGUUGAAGUGCAAUUUGGAUUGCUGUUAAGUAUAUUUUUUCAUAUUUAGUCAGUAAUAGUUAAUUAUGCUGUAUAUUAUUUCUAGGACAUUCAAAUUGAAAUGGUAACCAUUAGUUAAUAUUGAGUUUUAAAAUUUGAUUUUGCUUUUACUGUUAAAUUUUUAAGGAAUAUUGAGAUUCUAAUCUAUGAUUAUAUUAAGAGUAAUAUUUUUGGUUAUUUAUUUGAAAGACAAUUAUAAUUUUCAUUUUAAAAUUUUGAGUCACAUUAUUAUUAAUUUGUUUUACACACACUAGAUGAAUAUGAAAAUCAAAUUGUAUUAUGACUAAGCAAAUAACUUUUUCAUGAUAAAAAGUGAUUAAUUCAAAGUUAAUAAUCAUAUUUUGCUUUUAAGUUGAUCACAUUAACCACAAUGGGACAUUUAAAAACUAGUUUGCUUAUUGGUAAAUUUGUAUAUGAACGGUCAAUGGUAAUUUAUUCUAAAAUCAUAAAUAAAUUGUUGUUUUCUAUAAAAGUUUGUUUGAACCAUUUUUCAGAAUUAAAAAAAAAUAAUUUAAAAAGAAAUUGAAUAAAAAAUUAAAUGGUUUAUAACACCUUGUUCCUAAAUUAUGAUUGAAAUUUCUUUUUAUAUCUAAAACACAAACAGUUUUAUUUUGUUGUGUAGUUUCCUUGUUAUGGUAUAUAUAUAUAAAAUAUAUAUAAUUGCAAUUAAAAUGAUCAAAACUUUUUGUUAUUUGUGUCUGUAUGCCAUGUACAUUAUACAAUUAAUCAGAUCAAAAUUUUCUAAUCCUUUAUCCUACUUUUUUUUAAUGAUGAUUUUGUCUGAUUAUUUAAAAUUAGUAUUCUCUUUUUCAUCCAUAAAUACUCUAUAGUGUUUUCAGGAGUGGAAAAUAAAGUGACAGAUAUAUUGAUUUCUAACUCACUCGCAUAUAUAUAUUAAACAGUUUAUAUAUAUAAUCCAAGUCAUAAUUUUUUUGUAGCUAGAUUCAAUUUUUUUAGAAUUAACCCCUAAAGCAAUCUUCCUAACACAAUGAAGAAUGUGGUAACUGUAAAAGGUUCUAUAUAAAUUAAUCAAUAAAAAAGAGUAAUUAAAAUACCAAAAUAUAAUAAAGGUUUUAUUUCCAUCAAUAUCUGUUUUCCAAAUUUUUAAUAACUAACUCAUUCAUUUUAUUAAAUUUUAUUUAUUGGUUUUGUUUUGUACAAGGGAGGAUAUUCAUCUCUUUUCUGCAUUUCUCUUUAACUACCUAGAUUGAAGUAUAUAAAAUCUGAUUACUUUGUGAAAAAUCAAUUUCAGUAUUAUCAUUUUCAGUGUGAAUGUUUCUACUUUUUAAAAUUUAGAAGAAAACUUAAAAAUUUUUAAAUCUUUUUAUUACUUGUACAUAUUUUCUGUACUUCAGUGUUUUUUAUUCAUGUGCAUGCCAUUUUUUAUGUAAAUUUUACUCAUGUCUGUAUGUGUGCCAUAUUUGUUGAAUAAGUGUUUGUAAAAUGCAGGUAUCAGUUAAAAUGCUAAUAACUAAUCCAGUUGUGAUUAUUUACAUGUUUGUUGAUUCUAAAUUGUGAAUUUAAGUGAAUCAUGUUUCUUUGUACUGUUUAAUACUUAAUCUGGUCAUUAUAAAACAUAUUUUUCAAGUGCCUGCUCUUUGGAUCUCAAUUGUAUGUGUAUCACUUUGUAGAGAAAAAUGAAAAUUUCCUUUUUAUU